UCAAGGCAAUUGUGUUUACUUUGUGCGAUACUCACUUUCUCUGUCUCCUUUGCAGUUGGACCCAAAUUUGGGCAAGGAACAUCAAAGAGAGUCUACUGGAGUUUUAAUGAAUGAUUUUCCUUCUCCUUGGAAAGAGACAGCUCAUUUAAGGAAAACCCUUCUGUUUUUAAAAAAAAUAUCUGUAGCCUCGAGCCAAUUUAAGAUCUUGAGGGGAAUGCAAGGAGAAUCGUAGAUGCCAACUAGUACUCUGGAUUAUGGAGUUCGUGUGCCAACCUCAAAGACCACCUAACCACAUUUCGUUUAAAAAAACCAUAAAAGUUCAUAAUUUAAGCCAUUAUAUGUAGGCUGUAUCCCUAGUGCCGAGAACAGUGCCUGACACUUCCAGAAAAGUCGCCAAGCUAACAAAGGAGCAGCUACAUAGGGGGAGAGAUGGGCCACCUGAAAGAAAACUCCAUCCAACAGCCAACACAAAGGCCUCAAAUGUGAAUGAGACUGACUUUCCUUGACAUUCUAGUCCCAGCUGAGUUUCCAAGUAAGACAUGGAACAAGGUUACCUGGCAACCACCCCACCCUGUCUUCCCACCAAAAAAUAGGUCCUUAUAUCUGCAAGCUGCAUGCCCACGAGUCUACAUUCACUGUGUGCUCCAGAAUUUAGACCAGGAAACGGGAAGCGCAGGCCACGUUUAAGGCAAAUGUACAGACAAUAGUGUCAACACUCGGAAAUACCCUGCUGGAACGCUUACUCAAUUGAAAGCAAACUAUUUUGGGACCUGGCGGGACACAACCCUCAGAAAUGGCAGAAAAGGCGCCAUCUUCGAAAGACCCCUGGUAUUCCCAUCCGGUCUAUGAGAGAUACUGGCAGCAUUAUCACCAAGGAAUGGCCUGGAUGCAAAACCACCACCUUGCUUACAGAAAGGCUCUAGAAUCCUAUGCUAAUCUCCUGUGGUAUUUCUCUGCUCUGUCUGUAAACCACAGCCAUCCUGCUGAGCAGAGUGAAUGUCCUUGGCCCUCCUAUGGCCCUCACUCAGGUGCCCACAGGCCCCAGGGUGCACAUCUGCAUCCUUGGGGGUCUCAGCAGCACCCACGUGACUGCGCUCUGUUCCAGGCCUCUAACAGAGAAGUGGCAGCUUGGACGUCAGAGGAGACGAUGGUAAGCGAGUCAGAGGGGGAGAUUGAGUGUGACCUGAGCAACAUGCAGAUCACCCCGGAGCUGCGCGAGUACUUUGAGCAGACCGAGCGGCACAAAGAGGAGCGGCGGCGGCUGCAGCGUCUGGAGGAUGAGCGCCUCAGCCAGUAUGUGAAAGCCGACCACGACCUGUACUUCCCCAUCCACCGGUCGGUGGAGCCCCCCUCUGAGAGGCCGGGAGAGAGGCGCCAGGCCGAGAUGAAGCGUCUGUAUGGGGAGAGCGCCACCAAGAUCAUGGCCAUGGAGGCAACUGUGCAGCUGAACUUCAACAAGCUCUGUGAUCGCAAGCCGCCCAAGUACUGGCCAGUGAUUCCCCUGAAGUUCUGAGGCUGCUUCAGACCGGCCACCCUGCUGUUGGCACUCAGGGAAUAGGCCAUGAGGUUGCAGGACCUGGAGGCAGACUGUGUGCCAGCCCCUCCCGGUCUAUCCUGGAGUCUUGUUAUAUUGUCAGUGGUGGUUAAUUCAUUAAAGUUUUCCACCUGCCAAAAAAAAACAUAGAACAAAAACUGUCCAUGUGCCAUGGAAUUAUGAGAAGGCAUACUUUUUCUCUAUUAGGGGUUAAUCCAGAUACCAUACUAUUCCAUAAUUCAAUCGUAUCAAGCAGUGUUGUACAGUUGCUACAAAAAGCAGUUCUGGAACAUUUCCAUCCUUCUUGAACUCCUUGAUAUCAGCUCCCCCUAUCUCACCUUUCUUGCUGUAUGUACAUUCUGCCCCCCAACCCUUAUUCUAGUUUUCUUUAUAGACUCACUUAUCCUGGGUUUCAUAUACCAGAAAACUUGGAAAAACACAUA